CAAGUUAGAUUUGUCAUAGGCGACAUCAUCCAACAACAAACAGAUGCCAUUGUGAACUCGUCAAAUUUUAAAUUAAAAUUCACUGGUCAAGUAUCUCAAGCAAUCCGACUAGCCGCUGGGCCUGGAGUAGUGAAACAGUGUCAAGAUUACAUAGGACAGAAUCAAAAUUUGGAUGUUUCAGAUGUUUUUGUAACAGAUGGUGGCCACUUGCAAUGCAAACAUAUCAUGCAUACAUCCACACCUGCAUAUAAGAAUGAUGGAUUGGAUAACUACCAGAAACCUCUGGCUGAUACAUAUCUCAAUUGUUUAAAUAAGGCUCUCAAAAAAGACAUUCAAUCUAUUUCAUUCCCAAUUUUGGGUUCCGGU